GGCCUGCAGAGAUAUGAGGCUUGUUCGAUUUGAUGCGGCGCCGCAAGAUCCGACAGGCGGAUGACAUCAAAGUAGCGCGAGAGCGAUUCGAAAGCAAACUAUUUAUCGUUUUUCUAUGUACGUAUGUAUCGGAUCUUCGGCGCCGCAUCAAGUCGAACAAGCCUAUGUACUUGGAGUGCGGCAACUUUUUUUUUUAAUUGAGCUUUACCAAAGAAGUACAAAAAGACAUUGAGUGCGGCAUCUUGUUAAUCUGUGUGAUCUUUGGUGUUACGCAGCGACACAAACAGCCAAUCAGAGCGCUGUAUGAUAUCUGCGUCAUCGGGAUAAACCCGGAAGUGUAAUAGUCUGCUGGCCGUUAGAAAUUUAAAAGGAUUUCCGCGAGACCUGGCGUUGCUAAGGAACGGCGCGUGAUAGAGAACAUCGACCGAUGAAAUAUUACGAAUGAUCCGAUCAUGUCUGUGAAUGAAGAAGAAAGUUUAUCUGCAGAUGAGAUCAGACAGAAGCUUUAUCAGACGUUUAAGAGCCGCGGGCUGCUCGACUCUCUGAAGACGCAGCUUCGGAAUCAGCUGAUCCAGGAGCUGCAGCAGCCGGUUCGGACACGACGCACUGUCCUCAGAUCAGCAUCAGCAGCAUCAUCAGCCGUGUUAGCUACAGCGUGUAACAGUGUGAUGAUCGAUCACCUGAAGAGCAUCGGCUGUGAAUACACGCUGUCUGUCUUCUAUCCAGAGUGUGGAAUGAGUAAAGACAAGGUGCUGUCGAGCAGAGAUCUCCUUCAGCUUAUGAAGAUCAGCCCUCACAUGCCUUUAUACAAAGCUGUGAUGUCAAAUCUCCAGAAGGGACAGACAGGAUUCUUGAUGACUUUGUUUACAGAAGUCGCAGAUCAUCUUCAUGGUUCAGUAAACUGCGACGCCGCCUCUCAAACCUCCGCUGAAGACGCUCAUAAAGAGUCUCUCGUGGAGAAGAUGCAGAUGAUCGAGCAGGAGUAUGAGCGCGUGAGAAACAGAGAGGACCGCUGGACGUCUGUGGAGGCCAAACUCACACAACACAGAAGAGACAUCGAAGAACAAGCUCAGGUGGAACUCAAAGCAAAGCUUCAGCACUUCAUGGAUGUGGAGAUCACGAAGGUGAAGAGAGAGGAACAAGAGAAAUCUCGUAAAGAAAUCCUGGAGCUGAGGCGAGACAUGGAGAGAACGCACGAGCUGAGGUCGGAAGCUCUCGUGAGCCGUGAAAGAAACGCCAUCCAGCGAUUACAGAAACAUCAGGAGAUGGAGGAGAAGGAGCUUUACACACAAAGACAGAUGUUGCUGAAGGACAUUGAAUCUGUGCGUCACAGAGAGACGGAAGUCAAACGGAGAACUGAAGCCUUUGAGAAGUCGUGUAAGUUUCACGAGGAGAAGAUGAAGACCGUGGAAGAUCUGAUGAGGAGAAGAGAGCUGUCUGUGAAGAACACGGAGGAUUCGUUCCAGCAGAAACUGAAGAGCGAGGUGAUGAAGUAUCAGCUGGAACUGAAGGAAGAUUACAUGAAGAGAACUGAGAUGCUCGCUGAAAAUGAGAAAAAGAAUAAAGUUGAAAGUGUUGGUCUGCAGAAAGAAUGGGCUGUUAUUGAAGCUAAAGCUGAAGAACACGAGAGAAGUUUAUCAGAAGUCAAACGUCUGCUGAUGGAGCUGGAGACGCUCAGAGGACAGAAACGUCAGCUUGAGGAGAAACUGGACGACAUGAGGGAUUAUUCAGAGCUGAAGAGACAAACGCUUGAACAUCAGACACAGAUCAGACUCACGAGACAACAGCUGGAGGAGAACCGGCGACUCGCACGAGAAGUCAGCGGUCCGUCUGAAGAGCAGCUGCGGCUGCAGGCAGAGCUGCAGAGACUGCAGACGGCACGCAGACGUGAUGAAGAAGAGUUUGAGACGCAGAAGAAUGUUCUGCACACGCAGCUUCAACAUGAGGUGCAGAAGUGCGCUCUGUUAAAGGCUCAGCUGAUGGAGUGUGAGGAACGCACGCGGUGGAUGAACGCAAACGCUGAAGAGAUUCAACUUCAGCUGAAACACACACAACAAGCUCUAGAGAAUGAGAUUCUUCGCAAUCCCAAACCUUCUCUGGUAGAUCGAUCUGUUCUCUGUCUGAAUCCUCCAGACAUGUCUAUCGACAGCGCUCUCUUCAGACGAGCGACAGGUUCUGAUGCCGCUUUGUGUGAAGCAGGAGUGACUCUCAGAGCUCCGCGGUGUCGUGUCGAGGCUCCCGAGCGAGACUCUGAACUGCUGUCUGGUGCUUUGACCAGAAUACGAGAGCUGGAAAUAGAAGCUGACCGAUUAGAAGACGCUUACAGAACCCACCAGCAGAGAGCUGAUGCGUCACGUCACAGGACCACAACAUCCACGUCUUACAUCAAACCCAGAGUCACGUUCAGCGGAGCUUUAGAUCCACACCAGCCGCUCGGCAGACCUCCUUCAGGAGACCAGACUCCACCCAGACUCGGCUCUCCUCCCGCCAGACGAUUGUCUUCCACACCCGUCUCCAUUUCCAGACCAGACGCUCAUCAGACCCAUCCCGUCGCUCACGACCGGCUGAGGAAGACUGACACUGAAGGACCGGCGGUGAUGUUCACUGAUCUGAGGACAGACCGACAGAUCUCACCGAUCCCUCCUGCGGACAGCAGAGACCUGACGUCUGUCAGCAGCCCCACCAUGAAGAGCACAACACGAGACCACAGCAGUCCACCCAGACUCCAGCAGAUGAUCUCCUCCCCCUCAUCAUCAUCAUCAUCAUCAUCAUCAUCUCAAGGGUCAUCAUCACAGCCUGAGAAGAUCAGUCUUCAUGACCUCACCGACCCUGAACCACUGGAGUGUGUAGAUCAGGAGUGUAUACUGGAGAAACUACAGGAUACACACACACAGCGCUGUCUGCGGGAUGAGGCCGUACCUUCAUCAGACGCCCGUGAAGAGGAGGAGAGACCAGAGGAAAGAGAGGACGAGAGAUUAGAGCAAGAGCUGGAGAUUCAACAUGAGAAAGAAGCGGAAGAAGAACAUGUGACAGGAGCGGCCUCAGUGAUUGGAGGACGAGAUGAAGAAGCUGAGAGAGUUGCUGAUGUCAUCAAUCCACUGGAGAAAUACAUGAUGAUCCUCACGCAGGGAAAACCAGAGCAGAGCCCAAAGAAAGAGUCUGACCGUGAAAGCCCUCAGGAGGAGCAUCUUCUGUCUGAAAUCAACGAUGACAGCAUCGAUGCAGUUUCACACGAAGAACCAGACGAGGAGUUCUGGUGAAGACCAGCGAGUCUCCUCACGUUUAUGAUUUUAGGAUCUUGUGUGUAUUUUUAAUCUUCUUUUUUAUUCACACAAUAAAUCGAAGCUGUGUGUCUGAAUCUGUGCAUUUAUUAAAAUGUGAAUAAAUGUGAUAUUACGGCAAGUUUCAUUUUGUUAAUGCAUGAAGAAAAAUGAUCUGACACGCAAACAUGUUUUCAACGUGCAACAAGUGAUCUCGAAAAAGGCUCGGUGAAACACCACGUCUGUUUUAUUUGUCAUAAAAUACAAGAACUUGUUUGAAGGUCUGAGCACACAAAUAUCAAAUGACCACUUUUUGGGUAAAAUCAUAAUCGUCCACCUGCUUUAUGGGCGAAUUAAACACGUUGAAUGUUACCAGUUUAAAGCCUUGAGGGGAAACUUUUAAACCUGCACAAAUACAAGAAAUACACAAACACAUUUUCAUCAGAUAAAAAUCAUUCUCUUGGAGUUUAUAAAACAGUGUCCUGAAUUACAGAGAGGUUUAGACAAAAUAUCACCAUUAACGUCUGUUUAAAUCUCAAAAUGCAGUCGAUACAGAAAAACUCAAAGAAAUGCCUACAGUUAUUAAAACUAAUGUUUGACUACAGGUUACAAAGAUACUAUACAGAAUACAUAAACCAAUAAACACAUGACUUGAACUAAACAAUUCUCUAUAUGUAACCACGUUAUAUCAUGUUAAAAAGCAGAAAGGCAAAUGCUGCAAACACAGUCAGUACAAAUAACCACAACUGAUACCAUCACAGGUUUAUUCCCUCAAACACUAGCAAUGUCGUUUACCUUUUAUAAAAGUCACAGCAAGAUUUGUCAGUAUUUACAAUUGCACGUUUGUUGAACCUCCCUCAAUCCAAACUAAACGAGAAAACAAAGCGUCGCGCUCCACUUUCUGAACUGGGUCACAUUACUCACACUAUUCCAUUUAACACGCUGAAAAAACCCCAAAGAAAAACAGCCUGAGCCUCUUCCCUCAUCAUGUUCAACCAAUUCGACACGUUUUAGCUGACAUCCGGUCAUAGCAACCGUAGGUCUGAGUUUCUUACUGUAAACAUACAGAUAUUGUACAUUCUUUUCUAACAGAACCCAAAUGGUUUUAUACUUCAUGUUCAUCAGGAUGAUUUGAGAAUCCUGUGGGCUUCUAAGCAAGCAGGAAAAAUCACGAUGAUGUCAUUAAUGUGUGUUCAGUACAACCACUGGACGUUUGCGGUUUUUCUGCAUCACACAUCGAGUUCAUGGACACUCUAAUGCGCCACACAUCUUAGACACACAACUCUUAAUGAUACUUUUGAAUGAUCGAUUGUAUAACAACAGCAAACAUUUUCAAUCGUGAGGCCGAUUUGAUAGUAGCGGUCAUUCUAGAUCCCUGCAUACAAGAUUCUGACCCGGCCUUGAAACAUUCGGAAUAGUCUUACAUACUGUUCAGAGUACACACAUCCUUGGUAUAUUUAAUAUAUAUUUAGUACAUAAAGCACACUGUAUACCUCACGUACUGUUUCCCACAAUGCAAUGCAAACAACCGGACAUUCGGUCACUGGUGAUUGUAACGUUUCUUUUAAACGGACUGUCAAAAGUUCAGACAUUUUACUACAAAAUGUAAUUUAAAAAAGGAAAAAUUAUAUUUUAUUUUCAAGGACGGCAUUCGCCGUAAACAUGCAACAUCAAGAUGUAGUGAGUUCAAUGCAUCACAAUACUGUUAAAACCGUUGCAUAACACGUUACCGUUCACAUACUAUUAUCAAAACAAAUAGUAUUACGCAUGUACUGCCCACAGUAUUAAGUAAAGAGUAAACUAGUACUUCAUUCUAAAGAAAACCUUCAAUUGCUAAAAACAUCAUGCUUUCCAAGAACAGAAAUCAGUUGAGUCGACCGAUCAAAAAGAUCACACCAUAUUGACAUUUUCAUGACUUCAGAAUAAAUCACUGAGAAUGUUUUUGUUUUGUUUCAUUCUUUUUCUUAGAAACAAUAAGCCAAACUAGAAAAACGAGUCAUAGAAAUCAUACAAAUACAGGGAAUACUUUCAAAUUUUGAACGAGGGACUUUUUUCUAUGAUUCACAUCACAUUGAUUUACGUUUCUCCCGACAACAAAAAAAUCUGUCAAUAGUCUACGAGUGGUUUGUAAAAUAAAUGCCCUUUCAUUUGCAUUUUGGAUAGUGCAAUGUUUCGAACUUUACCCAGCCGUCGCCGGUUCACAAAGGGCUACGGUCAGAAGCAGAAGAAAACAUCAACAAAUCUGACCUACGGAGAAACGUACACAACAUAAAAUACAAAAGGAGGUCCCCAGAAAAAAGCGGCUGGAAAAAG